AGUUCCACUUGUGGUCUCCGCAGGCAGGGCAGGGACAGCUGCAUUUCUCGCAGCGGGCCACUAGGAAGCUUGCCGGCGCCUCGCAUUCUCCUCCUUCUCCCGCCCCAGCCGGAGCCAGAGCCGGAGCUGGAGCCCGGGAUUGCACCCUCUUCCCCAGCGCCGCGUCCCAGCACCUCUACCCGAUCCCGCCAGUGGCUUUCCGAGGCCACGAGAGGCGGAACUCGCACUCCAUCCAGACGCCAGGGAGGAGAGUGGAGGAGCGCCCCUCGCUUGUCUUGGGGCUCGGCUCAGGUGUCACCUGCUCCAGGAAAUCUUCUCGGAUUCUCUCUAGGUGGAAAACAUCAUCAGAUUUGGGUUCAACAUGUCACAACAUUCAGGCUGACAGUCAAGGCAUCACUGGACAAUCCUACCUCUCCCUAUCACCUCAUCCUCAGGACUGGAUGACGCCAAACACUGAGGACAACUCCCUGAGGGCCACUUCACAGCAUGACCACUUAGCCUCCUGACUGGGAGGCCCCGCCACCCCCCCUGCCCUGUUCCCACCUCCCCACCCUAGGUGGUGAGGGAGUAAAAUUUCAGAGCAGUGGGGGGUGGCAGCAGUGGAGGUGGGGGGAAGGGGUGGGUGGGCUGGGGGGAAUCGAUUUUGGCGCCAGGUUGAAACAUUUUCCCAAAACAGUUCUGCAAAAUGACAAGCCUGUUCCGUAGGAGCAGCAGCAAUGGCGGGUCCCGGGGUGGGGGGAGCGCCUCGGCCCAGGAACUCAACAACAGCCGGCCUGCCCGGCAAGUCCGGCGCCUGGAGUUCAACCAGGCCAUGGAGGACUUCAAGACCAUGUUCCCCAACAUGGACUAUGACAUCAUCGAGUGUGUGCUGCGUGCCAACAAUGGCGCCGUCGAUGCCACCAUCGACCAGUUGCUGCAGAUGAAUCUGGAUGGCAGCAGUUAUGAUGAUAGCUCAGACUCGGAGGACAGCAUCCCUCCGGAGAUUUUGGAACGGACUUUGGAACCAGAUAGCUCUGAUGAAGAACCACCACCAGUGUAUUCACCUCCUGCCUACCACAUGCACAUGUUUGACAGGCCUUACCCCCUGGCUCCCCCAACCCCGCCUCCCAGGAUAGACGUGCCUGGUGCUGGGGUCCCCCCAACCCAGAGGCGCUAUCGCAACUGGAACCCCCCACUUCUGGGCAACCUUCCUGAUGACUUCCUUCGAAUUCUGCCCCAGCAGUUGGAUAGUUUGCAGAAUACCCAGAGUGGCCCCCCGAAGCUAGGGCUUGGGGAGGUCAGCCAACCCAUGGCGGGAAACCUGGAGGAGGAAUGCCGAUGGAAGCAGUACCUGGAGGAUGAGCGCAUUGCCCUCUUCCUGCAGAAUGAAGAAUUCAUGAAGGAGCUUCAACGGAAUCGAGACUUCCUCCUUGCCCUAGAGAGGGAUCGAUUGAAAUAUGAGUCCCAGAAAUCCAAAUCCAGCAGCAUGGCAGUCAGUAAUGACUUUGGUUUUCCAUCCACUGCUGUUGCAGGUGAUGCUGCCUUGGGAGCCAGUGAAGCCAACCCUGCUGUGUCUGAAGAUGCCUUAUUCAGGGACAAGUUGAAGCACAUGGGGAAAUCCACCCGGAGGAAGUUGUUUGAACUUGCCAGGGCCUUCUCUGAGAAGACCAAGAUGAGGAAGACAAAAAGAAAACAGUUGUUGAAGCACCAGUCGCUGGGGACAGCAGCAUCUACAGCUAAUCUCCUGGAUGAUGUGGAAGGCCAUGCCUGUGAUGAAGACUUCCGGGCAAAGAAGCAGGAGACACUCAAGGAGGAGGAAGCACCCAGAGAAGGACAGUAAGAGGUGCUGGAGUUCACCGGAGAUGAAAUAUGCUAAUGGGGCAGCCAAAUAGUGAAGGCCUGUCCUUAGCUGCCCAGACCUGCUGCAGUAAGACAGAGGGUGCUUGAGCAUCAAGACACCAAGUUUCUCCGGCCAGGGCACUCUGCUCCUCCGAAGCCUUGCUUCCAGCUGCCUCUUGUCCUUCCCCUCUUGUGCAGGGUUUCAGAACUUUGGUAUUGCCACAUUGUGAUUGGAAGAAGCACCUGGGGCCCCACCAAGGGCAGCAGCCAAUCACAGUUUUCUCUUGUAGCUGUGUUGUUUUAGGGGCAAUGAGUGGAGGGGAACUUUCCCCUCCCUGUUUUUUUUUUAAUGUCUCUUUGUAGCCUCUUGGCUUUCUUUUCCUCUCUCCCACCAUUCCUCUCCUAAAGGAGCAGGUCCAAUCAGUGGGAGGGCUGGAUACAUAAAGCACAGGCCCAGGUUAAUGUAUGGGCAAAGACAAAAUGGAGCCUCUUCUUCCCCCCUCAACUCCCCAUCUCUCUCUCAGACUAGUCUCAACUCCACGGAAGAGUCUGAUACAUGAUUCAAUCUUCCCUGCUCCACUCCCGGCACCUGGAUCUCUUCCUUUCCUGGGCUCCAGCUACUGUUUUUCAGGAUGAGACCCAUCUUCUAUCCUCAUCCCCUCCCCAGAGGUCCUUCAGCCACAAGGAAGAAGAAACAGUGUCAGAUGGGAAAACCACACUUGGAUUGGGGUGGCAGAAGGGACUGACCUGACACAAGGAACCUAGAGCCACUUAGUGGGAAUGGUACAAGAAAGCCUACCUGGGAGUAGUUUCCUGAGGGUCUUCUCUAAGGUUGCUACCUCCCAGAGGAAGGGGCAUAGAGGGGUAGCUCUAGAACUCUUUAGGACUUUAGAGUCAAACAGUCUAAUCCAUUGGGGCCCAGAGAGGUUCACUGAUUCAUCCAAGGUUGCACAAGUUUUUUCUUUCUUUUCACAGAAAUGGGAUUUGAACUCAGAUUCUAUGACACUAAGUUCAGAAUUCCAUGUUCAGUAUUCUCCCCACACUGCCACAAAAAGAGAAAUAGUGUUAUGGGGAGAGCUAUCUGCUAUCACAUGAGAGGGUAGUGGUGGUGGUGGUGGUGGUGGGGCACCCUCUAUAAUAGUCUGGAGUUAGGACAAGGGCAGGCUGGAGCACUUGCUUCCCUUACUCCUGUUGGGAAAUAGAAUGGGGGCAAGUGGUCCAAUGUGGAAUCAGUGGAGGCAGAGAGCUCUUGGGCAUGGUGACAAUGCUCUGCUUUGGAUUGACUUCUGGGCUAGACUCCUAAGCUUGGGAUCCCCUGCCAGGCCAGGCUGGUGUGGGAAAAGCCAAGGGAAGGGAGAGGGGCUCUAGGAUAGAAUCCUAGAGUCUAGUUGGCAGUGGAGGGGCUGGGUUUCCCUUAUCCUCAGGGGAGCACUGGUGGUAAGUUCUGAGGGAGGAGUUCCAUGCCUAUAAGUAGAAAAUGUUAAACUGUGAGACCUUCAGAGCUAGAAAGAACAGUGGGGGAACAGCUGUUUUUUAUGCAGUGUGCAGGGGCAAGGGGUGGAGUUGCCCUGGGUAUCACCUGCUUAGCCCUGAAAGCUGGCCUCGGAGCAGAAGUGCAGGCUGAGUCCUGUUUGGGGUGGGGAAGAAACCUGUUCUCAAGAGGAAGCUCUCUAGGGGGCCUGCCUACCCAGCCACUUGCUCACCUAUUCACUGUCCCAGGGAGUUCACUCUCUUUGCCUCUUCACAUUAGUGGGUUGGCACCAGGAUAGGGAGAAGCUGAUCUGAGGAAUCAAGAAGCUUGGAAAGGAGAGAGCUUUGAGGGGAAGGGCUUCCAGCUUCAUUAAAGCAUUAAAUCUCUACUGCUCACUAUGGAGCUUGAUCUUGUUAAUGGUGGGGUAGUAGGAGGAAACCUAUAGAUGAUUUGGGGGGACCUCUGUUAGCCCCAAGCCAAGAUAAAAUGAUGAGGCAGAGAGGGAGAUGAGAGAGAGAGAGAGAGAGAGAGAGAGAGAGAGAGAGAGAGAGAGAGAGAGAGGAGAGGAGAGAGACUGAGAGACUAUGUGGCUAUGGGGGGGCAGGGUUUCCAGACUCAUGAUUUCUCCAGCUCCAUCCCCCAAGUUGCAGUGUAGCACUUUCUUCCCCAAACCCUGGGGGGCCCAAAGAAGGAAGGAUUCCACAGUGGGAGGCCCCUCUGGCCAGCGGUUGGGCCUGGAAUGUGCUCAGGUCUGCCGGCUGGCAGGCCCAGGCCCUGGAAUGUGCCUGCAGCUACCAGGGGGAGAGGAACCGCUUCUGAAAUGUAACCAAGUUUGGAAGUGUGUGCAGAGGUUGCUAGGGGUGAAGCUGGAGUGGGGCCACAGGUAACAGAAGGCAUCUUGGCACAGGAAUGAAUAAUUCACAGCUGAGGAGGGGAAGGCCACCUUUUUUUUUUUCCUCCUCUUUCUCUCCUCCCUCUCUUUUGCUCUUCUCCUCCCUUUCCUUCAUAGCUGCCAAACUCUCCUCUUCACCCAGGUCCCUUACCCAGCAAAAGGAUCUGUUUGGUUUUGAGGUUUCCCCCAAAGCUUCCCCAGCCCCUUGUGCCUUCCUUCUAGCUCUACAUGGAGAAGGAGAAGAGAGUAAGGCUCCAAAGCUGCCUGACCCUUCCAUCUAGAGGUCAAUGCUCUCAUUUCCAGCCAACCAGAGGGACAGCUCUUUCCCCUUCCACUAUAACAAUUUGGGACAGGCUAAAGGCUCAAGAGAAAUCUGAGGAUCCCCUCCCUGGGGUUCCUGGAAUCUAUUACUCCCCAUAGGCCAGGGAAAGGACCUGCCUCGGCAAUCUUGCUAUCCAAAACUAAAUGGAAAACAAAACACCCACCCUGCCCUGUUCUCUCUUGACCCUCACGAGAGAGGGGAGAGAAGGAUGCUGGACUGGAAGUAGCCAAAGCAAGCUACAUUCAGAGACUCAUUUCUCCUGCAAAUGAAAAGUUGUUCACUUCUAGCCAAGUCUGUGCAGUGAGGAAUACAUGAAAAUCCUUUUCAACAAACAAACGUAAAACCCCACACACUUGGGGAAUUCACAAGGUGGAAAUCCAGCCUUGAGCUUUGUGAGUGUUGGUGGCUGUGUUAGGUUUUGUUUCCAUGUGUGUUGUUGUUGUUUUUUCUUAAAGAUGUUUAAUAGGAAUUCAUAUAAUAAAGUCAUGGUGUACUCUUAA